GAGGAGAGAGGUCUAUGUUCUUUGGAUUCCAAAGCUCCACGGUACCUGUAUUUUAGGAUUGAGAUUUUAGGAUUGAGGCAGAGGUGUUUUGCCAAAAUGACUCCCUGUUAGACAUUAUACCAAUCAACUACUUGCUGCUUCAUAGAACUUUCACAAAGGGGCUCAUCCCACCUCCAAUACACCCCUUAAUUGAGGUAGUGAAAAAUACAACAGCCCAUUCCUUGAUUGGGUAUUAUUAAAGUAAAUGGGUAUUGGGUAUUAUUCUUGGAAAUUCGUUUAUACAAUUUUCGGCUAUUACUUAUUUGCAUUUGCCUAACACCGGAUAGUCUUGAGUCUGCUGGAUUAACUCAUUGGUUGAUAAUUUAUUUACAUAUACGGUUAAUUUUAUUAUCUAACGAAAUAGAGUUUACUGAACGAAACAUGGUUCUUCAUUAUUACCGCUGUACAAGAUACAGUCGUUUCCAUCGAGCUUGUUGUCAUUGUCAUUCCCAUUUCCCAGGUGAUCCCUAACAAAUUCUUCCAUUUCCUGCAGGUCCCAAAUGGAGAUACUUUGAUAUUCUCUUUUCGUGCUACUUUGCUUUUCAAUAACAACAGCAUCAAUACAACCCUGUUAAAAAUGAACGAAUAUAUUCGUGUAAAGAACAUCGGCCAAGGCUCUUUUGGCAAAGCAUUGCUUGUAAAGUCGAAGAAAGAUGGGAUGACAUACGUUAUCAAGGAAAUCAACGUUUCAAAGAUGGAUCCGAAAGAACGAGAAGCGUCUCGUAGGGAGAUGAAAGUGCUAUCUGAAAUGAAGCAUCCAAAUAUUGUCUCCUACAUGGAUUCCUUUGAAGAGAACGGAAACCUGUACAUUGUGAUGGACUACUGUGAAGGAGGUGAUUUGUACAAAAAGAUAAACAGUCAACGUGGUGUGUACUUUACGGAGGAUCAGGUCCUUGAUUGGUUCGUCCAAAUUGCUUUAGCUAUAAAGCAUGUUCACGAUCGCAAGAUUUUACACCGAGAUAUAAAAACACAGAACAUAUUUCUCACCCGCAGUGGGACAAUCAAACUAGGAGAUUUUGGAAUUGCUCGUGUAUUGCGCAACACGAUGGAGCUUGCUCGAACAUGUAUUGGGACGCCUUACUAUUUAUCACCAGAAAUUUGCGAGAAUAGACCAUACAACAAUAAAAGCGAUCUUUGGUCUCUUGGCUGCGUGCUUUACGAAAUGUUAACGUUGAAACAUGCUUUCGAAGCUGGCAAUAUGAAAAAUCUUGCUCUUAAAAUUAUCAAAGGCUCCUAUCCACCUGUGCCGCCAAGAUACAGUGCUGAAGUGAGAAUGUUGGUUUCAAGACUUUUCAAGCGCAAUCCACGUGACAGACCGUCGAUCAACACCCUUUUAAGACACGAGCUCUUACGAAAUAGGAUUGACAAAUUUCUUAGCGAAGAGAUGGUUGCUCACGAGUUUAGUCAUACAGUAUUGCACAAGAAGCCAUUUCAUGUUCCUGUCCAAAAACUCGCUCCAGGAAGACCAAUCAAACCUGCUCCGGUUCCCAAAAAGAUCAGCAAACCGGCUGCAAAAUAUGGUGUUUCUGUUGCAAAAAAGGCUGCUGUCAGGAAACCUUCAAAUGAUGCGAGCAACAUCAGAAAACCUGUGAAACCUUGGGAACACGACGCUGCAAAAGCCAAAGAGCUUGAUGCAAGAGAGAAAAGAAGACUUCAGUUGCAAAAAGAACAGGAAGAUGCAUAUAACAAAAUGAUGAACGACAUCCAAAGGCAAAGAUGGCAAAAACAACAAAUUGAGAAAAUCAAUAAGGCAAGACAGCAAAAUUGGCUGAAGUCUGGGAAUAUUCUUAGUCCUGAGAAAAAACAGAGGGCGGCUAUGAAGAAAUAUCAAAAUGCCGAAAAAGAAAAUCAGCCGAAUUCAGGUGGUGACAAUGCAGAUCCUCAGUCUAUAUCCACACCUGCAUGGCAGGCUGUGAAACAAGGAAGAGAGAAUCGCGCUCAUGCUGUCGCGGCUGCAAAUAGGGCGAAAGAGCUGGAGGAAUUCUGGCAACGAAAGCUCGAAGCCGCUGCAAACAAAAACAGAAAUCUCAAACCCAAUCCUGGAUUUUUUGCUAAUGUGGCUCCUUCUCCUGCCGAAGCUCCUCGUGUGCAUGGUAUCGUCGAAAAAGGGGCUGUCCAUGGCAACGAUAGAAAUCGCGAGGAACAGAACUACUUAGCAAAGUUAGACGCCAUAAGAAAACAGAAUUAUCAUGACAGAAUUGAAUUGCAGCAACGUAUGGCCAAGCUCCGUGCUCCAGUUGCAAAACCAUUGCCCAGUGACGAUGUAUCCGGUGAUCCGAGAAUAGAUCCUGAUGCAAGGAAAAAGAAAAUUGCUGCUUUGAAGGCUCAGGCUGAGAAAAGGUUCGCCGUGUUGAAGGAGAAACAUAAUGCUCAAAGACUAGCUGCUGUUGAUAGAUAUGAUCGUGAGAGGAAAGCUCAGGCCAAGAUCAGCGAGGAAAAGGAGACGAAGCAGGUUUAUCAAAGACCGACUUCUGAAUUGAAGAGAAAGCCCGAAGAGGCUCAAGCCGUUGGUGGAGUUGGCCUUGAAACAGCUUUGAAACAUAUAGGAGCAAAACGAUUGAGUAGAUCUCAUUCCGAGGGUGAUCUAGCAAGUGCGUUGAAAAAACACAAUGAUGCCAAAAGCGACAGCGACAAAAUGCAUCGUAAGCAAUGGGAGGUGAAACCAUUUGAAUCAUUGAUGCUUCCACUUGAAGUCACGGGAUCCGCAAUGGAAGCCACAACAGUGAACGACGUCAUUGUAAAGCCAACGAGCCAAGUGAAAGGAGAAAUCAGUCCCAGGUCACAAUGGAAUCACGAUGGUAAAACACAGCUUGUCUCGGCUUUGGAAAAGGUGGCUAUUCAAGUGGAAACUUUGGAGAUGCCUAAAAGCAAGACUGGAAGUAGUGGAACUAAUGAAAAGAUGACUGAAGAUACAGCAAAACUUGAGAGAAAGAUUCCGGUCGCCUGGGUUGCUGGUGGUUCGGGCAAACAAAAUAUGGGCGUCACGAAGACAUUGUCGAAAGAUUCCACGGAAUCAAAGGAUUCUAUGACCGAAACAAAUCUUGGGGUAACUAUCGUCAAGAAUCAUGAGAAUCCGACCAAAGAAACAAGUGUUCCACCAAUGAACGAGAGUCGUCCUUUGCCGCCUGCUCCAGUGCCGAAAACCGAGACAUUAUCAGAGGAGGAUGUUCAAAAUAGAAACACGAAGAAAUACAAUGAAAAAACGGAUGAUGGAUCACUUGAGGAAAAACUUGGAGCUCCCAUGAAGGCCUGGGAAGAGCAAAGUUUGAGUAUGGCAAAAAAAGAUCUUCCUGAAGCGAGAAGUUCGUACGAGAACUUUCUUCUGUUAUUACGAAAUAACUCCACGUCUCCGAAAGAAGAAAAGGCGAAACUUCUGCUUGACAAAGUUGAUGUUGUCGAUGAAGAUAAGAACAAAGACGACAUGACUGUGGAGGACGUUGAAGAAGAACCGUCACUUUACCAAACAGCGGAAAUGAGUUACCCAUCUUUAAUUGCAUUGACAACUGGAAAAUACGACGCAGAUGUUAAGAGUUUGCGAACUUGCUCGAUGCCCGAUAUCCGUCUGCUGUUCCAAACCAACGUCAAUGAAGAUGAAGGUAAAGCUUACGAAAAUGACGAAGAAGUUGAAUCAAUAGAGGAAAAACAAGAAGAGGAAAAGGCCAUUGGCUAUUGUGCUGUUGACGAUGAUCCUGAAGAGGAAGUUGACAUAAUAGUAGAAAGCGAUGAAGAGAGUAAAGACUAUUUUAGCAUGUUGGAAUCUAUGGAAGAUGUUUUGGUUACCGAAGCCCGUUCACCGUCGCCAAUCAAGAUGGUACGUAACACUCAUGACUCCACUGGAACUGACGGUGAAGAGUCUGACUCAAACGAUGAAAGUCCUUCUUCGACUCCUUUACCGUUAAAUGAAGAUUGGGACUCCGGGGAAAGUGGCGACGAAGAUGGAGUGGAUGAGAACCACCAAAAAGUGGAUGAGGACAGUGUGUUUGGACGUUUGGAAGAAUCGAGGCAAACAAUGGAGGAUCAAUUGGGUUUUUCUCGUUUUAUGAAGGUUUAUAAAUACAUUCAGAGUAUACAAGAGAACGACGAUGAUGUUAAUAUAGGUGUUGGUCCUGCGCCCGAAAUUGCUGAUCUAUUGGGUGAAGAAUACGAACACCUUUAUCCGAAAAUACUUUACUUGGUUAUGGCGGAUUUCGCUUACUGCGAAGACAAUGAUUGAUAGAGCAAGUUCCCUUUGCAGAAUGUCAGAUAUUCCUGCUGGCCUCAUAUCCUUUUGGGAAUGUUUUUGAUCUUUCGUAUUUUUCUGCACAUGCAUCAUUGGCAAUUUCACCAAAAACUUUUCUUGUCUUGUAAUAAAAUACAUUAUCCAUAAUAUAUACGUAUAUAGCUAUAAAUUAUGAAAAGCUCAAACUAUUCUCUAUCGUGUUUGUAUUUAAAAUACAUCGAUGACCAGAUGAACAUGGUUCUGACUGUAUAUCUCAUGUCGACAUGUUUCCAAUGAUAAAAAACACCGAUGGUACUUCAUGAUUCACAUAUAAACGUAAAAAAUAACGGUCGAUGUAAGUUGUGUUUAAAAAAUGAAACUGAGAAAAUGCA